AUGCCAGUUAUAGAGGUGGAAUCAAAACCAAUGACAAUAAUUUUCACUGAGGAUGAUGUUCCCUUCGAAGAGGAAAUUCUUAGGAACCCCUAUUCUGUCAAGCAUUGGCUCCGGUAUAUUGAACACAAGAAGGAAGCACCAAAGGAAGAUAUCAAUCUGAUCUAUGAGCGGGCAUUGAGGGAACUUCCAGGUAGCUACAAAUUGUGGUAUGCCUACCUCAAGCUUCGUAAAUUACAAGUGAAAGGGAGAUGUGUGAUUGAUCCUGCCUAUGAUGAUGCAAACAAUGCAUUUGAGAGGUCAAUAGUGUUUAUGAACAAAAUGCCCCGCAUUUGGAUGGAGUACUGUGGGUUUCUUGUAGACCAGGGGAAGGUGACUCGUACAAGGAGGACAUUUGAUCGAGCCCUGAGGGCACUUCCCAUCACACAACAUCAUCGUAUCUGGCCACUGUACAUCAAGUUUGUCAACAUGCACAACAUCCCUGAGACAGCUGUUCGUGUUUAUAGGAGGUACUUGAAGCUACGACCAGAAGAGGCAGAGGACUAUAUCGAAUACCUUCAAUCUGUGGGGCGGCUGGAUGAAGCUGCUCAGCAUCUGGCUCACCUUGUCAAUAAAGAUGAUUUCAUUUCUAAGCAUGGCAAAUCUCACCAUCAGUUGUGGAAUGAACUCUGUGAACUGAUCUCAAAAAACCCUGAUAAAGUGAAGUCUUUGAAUGUGGAUGCCAUCAUUCGAAGUGGCUUGAGGAGGUACACUGACCAGAUUGGACAUCUUUGGAAUUCUCUGGCUGACUACUACAUUCGAUCAGGCCUGUUUGAAAGAGCCAGGGACAUUUUUGAGGAAGCCAUUCAAACUGUGACUACUGUGAGAGACUUCACUCAAGUGUUUGAUGCCUAUGCUCAAUUUGAGGAGCUGACAUUGAGCAAAGUAAUGGAGGGAAGUGAAUCCUUGGCAGAAGAUGAUGUUGCAGUGGAUUUGCGAAUGGCACGGUUUGAGGAUCUUAUGGAUCGGCGACCAUUGCUGCUAAACUCUGUUCUCCUCCGACAGAAUCCCCACAAUGUCCAUGAGUGGCACAAGAGGGUUAAGCUCCUUGAAGGUAAGCCUACAGAGAUCAUCAACACCUUUAUGGAAGCUGUGCAAACAGUAGAUCCAAAGCUUGCUGUGGGGAAACUCCAUACACUCUGGGUAGCAUUUGCCAAGUUCUAUGAAGAGAACAACCAGGCUGAGGAUGCCAGGCUCAUUUUUGAGAAGGCUGUACUAGUGCCUUACACCAAAGUGGAUGACUUGGCCUCAGUGUGGUGUGAGUGGGCUGAGAUGGAGCUUCGUCAUGAGAAUUAUGAGGAGGCACUCAAGCUCAUGGGUCGGGCCACAAGACCACCUCCUCACAAAGUAGCUUAUCAUGAUGAAACUGAAACAGUCCAAAAGAGGGUUCACAAAUCUCUGAAAGUGUGGUCAAUGUAUGCUGACUUGGAGGAGAGUUUUGGAGACUUCCAGAGCUGCAAACGUGUGUAUGAUCACAUAAUUGACCUCCGCAUUGCCACGCCUCAAACCAUCAUCAAUUUUGGGAUGUUUCUGGAGGAAAACAAUUACUAUGAAGAGGCCUAUAAGGCUUAUGAGAAAGGGAUUGCAUUGUUCAAGUGGCCCCAUGUCUAUGACAUCUGGAAUACUUAUUUGACAAAGUUCUUGAAGAGGUAUGGAGGGAGCAAGCUGGAGAGAGCUCGGGACCUCUUUGAACAGUGUCUUGAUGGCUGCCCUCAAAAAUAUGCUAAAUCUAUUUUCCUCCUCUAUGCAAAGUUGGAAGAAGACCAUGGCCUUGCGAGACAUGCUAUGGCUGUCUACGAUCGAGCAACCAAGGCUGUUUUGCCAGAGGAACAAUUUGAAAUGUUCAACAUAUACAUCAAGAAGGCUGCUGAGAUACAUGGUGUCACUGCAACAAGAGAGAUUUAUGAAAGGGCCAUUGAGGCACUCAGUGAGGGUGAAGCAAGAGAAAUGUGCCUUCAGUUUGCUGAUCUGGAGAGGAAACUUGGGGAGAUAGAUCGUGCCAGAGCUAUCUAUGCUCACUGUUCACAAAUGUGUGAUCCAAGAAUGACAGCACACUUCUGGCAGACUUGGAAGGACUUUGAAAUUCGCCAUGGGAAUGAAGACACCAUGCGAGAAAUGCUUAGGAUAAAGCGAUCUGUUCAGGCUAUGUACAACACCCAGGUGAAUAUGAUGUCUGCACAGAUGCUGACAGCUGCAAGUGCUGUUCAAGGGACUGUGUCUGAUCUUGCCCCUGGCUCCAAAGAUGGAAUGCGAUUGCUGGAGGCCAAAGCAGCUGAACAGGCUCGUGAGAUUACAAUACAGCAGGAGAUGCCCUUACCCAAGAAGGGAGGAAACAUUCUUUUUGUCAGAGGUGAUACAGAUGCCAGAGAUGAUGAAGUGGCAGAGGCAGCUAGAGUCAAGAAUCCAGAUGAAAUUGCCAUUGAUGAUGAGGAGUCUGAUGAAGAUGAAAUUGAAAAAGAAGAUGUCCAUCUAGAGAAGAAAAUUGUACCUGCUGAAGUUUUUGGAGGUUUGGCUAAGGAUGAUGAUGAUGACUGA